UUGGCAGCCUCGCGUACCAAGCAGAACAACGGCGACUAUUAAUUGAUUAAAUAUAUAUCACUUAACUUAAGAAAUGAAUAAUAAACUAACUUAAAUUGUUGAUGGACUAAAUCAACAAUGUGAAGAAUAUUAGUGAGAUAAGUGCAUCGAAUCAGCGCAAGUGUCAUAUUGUUUUUUUUUUUACACACAUACGCACAGACACAAUGGCAACGAAAAUGAAAACUACGAUUCAUUCUAAGCCACUAUUUGUGCGUGUGUCUCUUGUCUGCCUGUGUGUGUGAGAGGGCUGUUUCGUGUGUGGGUGUGUUUGUUAGUCUGACGGCAUUGACUGAGCCUGCAACUGGGCCGACCACUGCCCGCUGCCCGCUGCCCGCUGCCUCGCACCAGCAGCUAGUAACCGUUACUCUGCUUUUUCUAAUCGUGUGUCUUGCCACAACAGAAAAAACUAGAGAAAAAUAAUAAAUAACAAGUUAAAAAACAAGAAAAGUAAACAAUCAAAAGAAGAAUUAAAAAACAGAAGUCUUGGAAAAAAAAACAAACGUGCCAUGUUAUUGUUGGAAGCGGCAACGCUUUCUGGAUUCCAGUGCUGUAAACACUAAGGACACACAUUCCCUUCCACUCUAGCACACACGCGCGCUAUCUCCCUCCUCCCAACAUGUUCAAUCGGUUGGGCAACGCUGGAACAGCUUCUGCUGCUGCCGCUGGCGCUGCUUCAGAAGCGCCUGCUCAUGUUUCCAGCGGCUCCAGCGGCCAUGCCAGUGUUGCCACACCCAUCAGUGAUCUCUAUUUGCGCCCGCUGCCCUAUCUGGACGCCAAGUGGCUGCGUGCCGAUCUCAUUGCCUGCCUGCGUAACGGUGCCGAGGGCGCCAUACUCUGGAAUCAUCUAAUUCAGGAUUGCGAAUUGGUAUCCUCGCCAACGGCGCCGCUGCUCAACGCCCGCGGCCAGCUCUCCUAUUUGGGCGACGAUGGCAAACAUUACUGUGGCGCCCAGGCGCUGCAAUGUGCCUGCUGCCAGCCCGAAUACUGCGGUCCACUCUCUGCCUGCAAUUGCGACGGCUGCCGCCCGCUCGACUCGGACAUGGCCAUCAAGAAGUUAACCUCGGCAGCGGCACAGCAAGCAACGGCCGGGCAGCUGCAUGCCACAGAGCUAACGUUGAGCAGCUGGAUGUGGAGCCAGCCACCCAAUCAGUUGGCCAAACACGACUGCCAGCGCACAAUGAUCGCUGAGCUCCAUGAGCUGUCGCUGCGUGCUGCCGGCAACUGUCUCUCGGCGCAGCAACUGCGCCAACAGCUCUUCAUCUAUGAACGAUAUUUUGUGGCCCUAAAACGAAGUCAGCAGCAGCAGCAGCAGCAGCAACAGCAGCAGCAGCAGCAGCAGCAACAGCAGUCCACACAUCCUUCUCCACCCACACAACAGCAGUCGGAGGAAUGCAAUGGGCCCGCUCCAUCUGAGCAGGAGCAGCCACGUCGGGCGCUGCAGCUGGAGCCGGAGCACGCAGCGCUUGGCUUGGCACGCGUCGGCACACGAGCUGCCCUGAACUUUAGCUUUGCGUUCUUACGUCGCGCCUGGCGUUCCGGCGAGGAUAUGGAAAUGUGCAGCGAGCUGCUAAGUGAGGCACUCGAAUCGCUGCAGGAGCUGCCCGAAGCGACGCUAUUCGAUUCAGCCGCCCAGGUGUCGCCGCUCUGGCUGGAGGUCAUGGAGCGUUCGAUUAAGUUUCUGCGUCUGGUCGCCUUGGGUGAUCCCAUGGGUGGGCGCUGCUUGGCACCGCUAGCGGACAGGCACACAGCCCUCUGCCUGCUACUCGAGCUGGGCGUGCAGAAGGGCACGCUGGCUGCCACGCUGGAGUGUGUGGUGUUGCUGCUGCUGCUCUGGGAGAAGGACAACGACAACGGACAUGGCCAUGGUCAUGGGCAUGGACACGGGCACGGACACGGCAACGUGAAUGGCGAUAAUCGUGACAUGCCACGCAAAUCGGGCGCUCCUCUGUUGCGCAUCCUGCAACGCUACCAGCGCCUGGGCGCCGAGCCAAGCAGCCACAGUCACAAUGGCUGCAGCAAUCCCAAUGUGGAGCUGCCGACGCCGUUGGCCAGUGCCACCGAAACAUUUCUGCGCUUUCUCAUGCUGCCCAAGAGCUCGGCCGCCAUUGUGGAUCUGCGGCGUGCCGCUGUGGUCAUAAUCUCUCACUUGGAUCGGCUGGUGCAGCCGCACAUGCCGCAGCUGACGAAUCUCUUGCCCAGUUGCAUGCUGCGUACAGCAGCCACAGCCACGCCCACAACAACGCCCACGAACAUGUGGGAGCAACAACGUGUCUAUGCCUUGGGCUGGCCAGCGCUGUCCAAGGAGCAGCAGGGCUUCAAUGUGGAGCCCGCCUUGAGCUGGACAAACGCAGCCACACAGCAGCCGCCGCCGGCGCUGCUUGGCUGCAAGUUCCAGCUGCAGCAGGUGGCAUGCAGCGAGGAUGUGGUGCUGUUGCUCAGCAAGGAGGGCAAGCUAUACAACUGGCACAUAGCCAAGCCGGAGGCGGAGCCCCAGCAGCUGGACUUUGCCGAAAUAGCCAACGAGACGUUCAUCUCCAUAGCCGCCCACUGCGAGGGUCGACACUUUCUAGCUGUGGACAGCAACUAUAACGCAUACUCGUGGGGCAUCGGCGAUAGCCGACGCUUGGGUCACGGCGACUGCCACGCCCGUGAGUUGCCCACCAAAAUCGAGAGCUUGGUGCGCUUGGUGAAGGCUGUCUACUGCGGCUGCUCCUACAGCGCGGCCAUCACCUUGGGCGGCAAUCUGUACACCUGGGGACGUGGCACCUAUGGCCGUCUGGGGCAUGGCAAUUCCGAUGAUCAAUGUCUGCCCGCCAUGGUGAUGGCUCUCAAGGACCAUCAAGUGGUGGAUGUGGCACUGGGCAGCGGCGAUGCCCAUACGCUCUGCUUGACCAACGAGGGCCUGGUCUAUGCCUGGGGCGAUGGCGACUAUGGCAAGCUGGGCAAUGGCAGCUGCAACAGCAGUCUACAGCCGCUGCUCAUCGAUUGUCUGCCGCGAGUGCAGCGCGUCUAUGCAGGCGCACAGUUCUCGCUGGCGCUCAGCUGCGAGGGUCAGCUCUAUAGCUGGGGCAAGGCAUCCUGUCUGGGACAUCAGCUGGUCGAGCGCAACGUGCAGGGCUGCAGUGUGCCCAGAUUAAUAACCAGCCUGCAGCACAAACGGAUUGUGGACGUAGCCGUGGGCGUGGCCCAUUGCUUGGCUCUGAGCAGCAGCGGCGAGAUCUUUGGCUGGGGUCGCAACGAUAACCAACAGAUUUGUCCAGCCUCCGUUUGCAGUGAGCCACUGCUGAGGCAACCCAUUUUAGUUACCCUGCCCACAUUGCCGGCCAGCGGGAUUGCCUGCACCGCCACUCAGAGCCUGAUCUGGACGCAGAGCACACGGCAGGGUGUGCCGCUACGUGCACCGUUUGUCAUUGAUCUGGGAGAACCGACAUUCCGACUGCUCGACCAGCUGCUGGGCAUGUGCAGUGCCAGCACUGGCCAGGAUAAUCGUCAGACGCCCAACCAGGAGUCCGAAUGCAUCGCUGUCGCCUGCCUCAAUCUGGUGCGUCUCCAGCUGCUGGCGCUCAUCGCCAACGGCGUUGAGCCGCGCAGCGUAGGCCUGGCCAGCGGCGGGCGACUGCUCAACAGCCUCAAGACCCGCAUUCUGAGUCUCGCCGGCGGCAGCCAAGUCCUGCGCACCAUCCAAAUAGCCGCCCAGCAGGCUCUCCAGGAUGGCUGGAGUGUCCUUUUGCCAACGGCAGCGGAGCGUGCGCAGACCCUCACAGCGCUGCUGCCCUCGGAGCCGGGGCAGGCCUGCUCGGCGGGACAUCGUUUCAUGACAGAUCUGUUGGUCAGCUCGCUGAUGGCUGAGGGAGGCCUGGAGACGGCGUUGCAGCAUGCGAUACGACUGGAGAGCAGCUCCUGCUCCACAGAUUGCACGGAUGGCGCACAUUUGCCGCUGCUGCAGCUGAUCACUCGGCUGCUGGGCAACAAUGCAUCACUCACACAGAGUCGUCUGUCAUUGACGCUGCUCGUCAAGCAGCAGCAGCAGCAGCAGCAGCAGCCCGCUGAGGAGGACCACCAUCAUCACCAUCACCAUCACCAUCAUCAGCAGCAGCAGCAGCAGCAGCUGCUCCUGCAGCAACAACAACAGCCUGGGACCAGCCCCAGCCUCUGCCUGCUGCAUCGCUUUCAGCGGCUGCUGUUGGCGCACAUUCAUCAGGCCGGCGCCGAGGAGGAUACAACUGGCGCCGAGGCGCUGCUCUCCCAAUAUCUGCACAGCCUGAUACCCGCUUGCGUCAGCACGCUGCAGCAGGCCCAGGAACUGGCGCUGCAGUGUCGCGAGUCUGGGGAGCUGGUUACGCUGGGUGCCCAGCUGUUGGGCGCCGCGCUGAAUCGUGUGCUCCAGUCGGACAUCUCGGACGCGCUGCUGCACGAGCUGCUCGUCGGUCUGGUGCUGCUGAAGCGUGAUCGUCCCCAGUGCUUGGCCAGCUUGCGUUGGGCACGCCUCUGUUUGCCGCUGCUGCGCGUGCUCGAUCGCUUGAAUCGCGCCCUGGGCGAGGGCGAAUUGCGCGACGGCGACGACAUGGGCUGGCCGGGCAUCAUUUGCCGCGGUGGCCCCAAGGGCGCUGCACCGCCACCAACCGCCGAUCCAGAGACACACUACGUGCGCCGCUCCGACAUGGAGAACCUGCUGCUCGACGGCAAUCGCUGCAUCAUUCUAGCCGGCUACGUUUGCGAUCUCAAUGGCUACAACUGUGAAUCGGACAACAUGCGCGCUCUGCUGGACCUGGGCCUGGGCAAAGAUCUGAGUGCAGAGCUCAGCACGCCAGCGCAUCGCAGCGCCAUGGAACAGCUGCUGCAGCACCACAAACUGGGCAAAUAUCUAGCCAAUCAAAGCGCCAGCGAGGAGAAGACUGCCACGCCGGGUGCCACACGCCUGACGCACUUCAGCUCGGAGUGCGCGCUGGCUCAGCUCCUGGGGCUGGUGGCCAAUCUGAUGUGCAGUGGCCCGAGCCUGCAGCCAGCGGAGCUGCAGUGCCGCCAGCUGGACAAGUCUUCGCUGCUCAGCGGUGGCUUGCUCAUGCUGCAGCCGAGCAAUCCGUUUGACGAGGAGAAGGGAGAGGCGCGCAGCAGUCACAGCACCGCUGGCAAUACGCCGACAGAGGCACCGCUGCCACCGCCGCCGAAGGCGCAGCUGCAAAAUCGCGUGGACAGCUUCAUUGCUGGUCUGGCGGAGGCGCGACUCGGGGAGCCGCUGGUGGCCAGUUGGCUGGCUCUAACCGAACGCUACUGCAAGGCGCACAACUUGAUGUGGCAUCAGGAGUUUGCCACCGAGCAUCCGGUGCAGGAGCUGGAGCGGCUGCUCAGCGCUGUCCUGCUACGACAUCAGUGCCUGGGUGGCCUAGUGCUCAAUGCCCUGGAGGCGUUGCCCUUGGGCGAGCACCAGCAGCAGCAGCAGCAACAACAGUCGCUGCCCAAGCAGCUGGGCGAGAUCAUACGAUUGGUGCAUCAGGCGAAGUGGUCGGUGGUGCGCACACGGCAGCAGCUGAAUCGCAGCUACAAGGAGGUCUGUGCGCCCGUGCUCGAGCGGCUGCGCUUUCUGCUCUACGAGGUGCGUCCCGCGAUCAGUCCACAGCAGCGCGGACUACGUCGCCUGCCAAUUUUGCAGCGUUUGCCACGAUUUCGGCUGCUGGUGCGACGCCUGCUGCAGGAGUUGCGCGCAGCCAAGCAACAGCCGGCGGCCAAGCCCGAGGAUCUGCUCAAUGCCAGCAUCCAACAGCAGCAGCAACAGCAGCAGCAGCAGCAGCAGCAGCAAACGGUUGCCACUGAGCUGCUGAUCUAUGAUCAACAUGAGCAGCAGCAGCAGCAGCAGGAGAAGAAGCCCAAGCAGCAGAAGCAGCUGGAUGAGGAGGAGUCGUUGCUGCGCCGCUUGAACGAGAGGCAGCUGCAUCAGGAGAUCGAGCUGGAUGCGACGCUCAUGCAGGACAUUGUUGACUUUGCGCUCCAGGAUAGCUGUGAUGUGGAAACGGUGCGACGUGCCAUGUACUGUCAGAUGCAACGCUUUCAGCUGCGUCUGGCCGGGCUGCAGCUGGUGCAGCAGCUGCUCGAGCUGCACGGCCUGCUCGACGCCGGCCAGUACAGCCUGCUCAAUGGCUACUUGGGACUGCAUCUGAAGUCGGCGGCCAGCGGAGCGUCGCCGCAGCAUGUGCUCGGCCAGCUGAAUAUGGUGAGCGCGUAUCAGAAGGCACGGCUACUGCUUGCCCAGUCACGCGUCCUCGAUUGGGCGGUGCGGGAGCUGCGACGCCUGGUCAAUCAGGAGCAGCAGGGCGCCGCGCGCGGCAAGGAUAGCUGCAAUCUGAGCACCUAUGUGCUGCUCAAGCGUCUGCCGCGUGCUCGCUUCCUGAUCAGCGUCUUUGGUCUGCUGGCCAAGGAGCUGGGCGCCAAUGAGCUGGGGCUGCUCAUCAACUCCGGCCUGCUGGGCACGGUGCUGGGUCUGCUGGCCCAAACUGGCGGCGAGGGCAACACCAAGUCGAACAACUGUGAGCUGAGCGUUCUGUACGAGGACAGCGUGUUGAAGCAGAAGUGCAGCAAGGCGCAGCUGAGCGGACCAGACCUGGCCAAGCUCAUGAAGAUCGGCACGCGCAUUGUGCGCGGCUCCGACUGGAAAUGGGGCGAUCAGGAUGGCAAUCCGCCGGGCGAAGGACGCAUCAUUAGCGAGGUGGGCGAGGACGGGUGGGUGCGCGUCGAAUGGUAUACGGGCGCCACCAACUCCUAUCGCAUGGGCAAGGAGGGUCAGUAUGAUCUGCAGCUGGCGGACAGCGCUCUAAAUGUUGCCUCACCUACGGAACCGGAACGCGAAGAGCUGGGCACACUGGAGCCACCGCCCAGCAGCGAAUCGCAUCCCACUAAACUCCUGAGGCACUGCGCCGCCAAGCUCUUGCAAAUCCUGGCCGUGGGCAGCGGCCUGCACGGCGCCCAUCUGGACAAAUAUGCGCUGCGUGGCAUCACGAGCAUGUUUCGUGCCAUGCUCGAUCCAAAGCCGGCGCUGGCCAACGUGGUGCACUGCCUCAACUGGCUGAAUCUUGGCUUUAUACGCGCCAUAGCAGGCGAUUGCCCGCGCUUGUGCCUGGAGCUGAGCGCUCCGAACUGGCUGUCGCAUUACUUCGCGCUGCUGGAACAGCCGGCGGGCACGGAACGUGGCGUCUAUCGCCAGCUGCAUUGCUUGCGCCUGCUGCAGUGCAUACUGAGCUCGUGGGGCGUGGAGCAGGAGCCGCGCAUGCCCGGACUGGUGCGUCAGCUCUUUGGCACACUCGGACGCAUCGCACUGCAUUGCCCGGGCGAUGCGACACUGCAGCCGAUGCAAGAGGGUGGCAAGGCGCGUGUCUUGCUGACUGCCUCGCACUCGGGCAGCGUGGCCGAGGAGCUGGUGGCAUUGCUGCGACGCCUGCACACGCUGCCGCAUUGGAAUGCGGUCAUCAACUCGUUCCUGGCCCAGAAACUGUGCGUAGCCGCCGAACUGCUGCAGGGCGAAUCGCAGCUGCCGCAGACGCCGCUGGACACGGAACACAGCCUGGUGCUGGGCGUGCUGAGUGCCAUGGGUGGCUACGAUCUGCGGCCGCGUGUCGGUCUACAUUGCUUCCACGAGGGCAGUCACAUGAUCAUCGCCAGCUUCACCCACAAAGGACGCUGCCUGCUGGCCUACAGCGCACCGCCUGCGGUCGCCAAUCUUGCGCAGGGCUUGGUGAAGGUGCCACUGGGCACGGUGCUGCCGCAGCUGGAUCACAGUGUGUUCAGCCUAACGCGUCUGCCCAUGAACGAGAUGCUGCUCAAUGCCUGGACCGUGCUGCUCUAUGGCGCUGCCAGUGCCAGCUCCAGCUCCAGCGCCGGCAACUGGGAGCUGCUCAAUGCCGGCGAAGGCAAGCUGGAUGUGCGCUUGCUGCGCAGCCAGCAACUGCAGCUGGCAGUGCUCCACACAAAUGGAGUUCUCUAUCGCCAUCAGGCGGCAUUGCGCAAGAUACUCAAGCAGCGUGCGCCGGCCAGCGUCUACAGCAGCAGCGAAUGCAACGAGGAGGCCGAGGUGGAGCCGCUAAACGAAGCCGAGCAGGUGCUGCAGACGGCGCAAACUGAGGCCCACAACGGCAGCAGCAGCAGCAAUAAUGCUGCCAUCAGCAAUCAACAGUCGGAGCAGCUGCUCAUCCAGUGCCUGCUGCUGCGUGCCACACAGCCGUCGCCGGUUAAAGCGUGCUACGGCUACACGGACCUGGCCACGGCCGCGCUCAAUUGCGUCCAAACGCUGGCCAGCCAGGCGCAUCAGCAGCUGAACGUUGAGAACGAGCUGCAGCCGGUGGUCUUAGCGAGUCCAGCACAGCCGACCAUGGUCCAUGGCAUAGCCGUGUAUAACGUGGCCAAGGAGCAGCCAGCGGCCGCGCAAUCGGAUCAGAUCAGUCAGGCAACGCCGCCUGCUAGCGAUGCUCAGCUCAUUGAGCAGAUUAUGGAAAUGGGCUUUACGCGACGCAAUGUGGAGCUGGCGCUCAAGCAGCUGUCGCUGCAGGCGGAGGCUGUGCCGACGCCGGAGCAAAUCGUUCAAUGGAUACUGGAGCAUCCGGAUGUCUGUGCGAAUACGCUCGAUGUGGAGGCCGUGGAGCCGACAGCGAACGGCAGCAGUCGCAGCAGCAGCAGCACCACGAGCACCACCAGCAGCAACAGCAACAGCGGCAGCGGCACCAGCAGCACCUCCUCAUCCUCGGAUACGGUCGAGGAUCAGCAGGUGCAGAAAUUCGAUACGCGCAAGGAUUUCCCCACAGCCGAUCACUAUGCGCUGUACGUGCGUGGCCUGGUUCGCCCGGGCAUGUUGGUGCGCUGCUGUCGCGACUUCGAGGAGAUCAAACAAGGCGACAUGGGCACCGUGCUCAUUGUGGACACCGAAGGACUGCACGAUCUGAACGUACAAGUGGACUGGCGUAACCAUGGCAGCACCUAUUGGGUGUGCUUCGUGCACAUCGAGUUGGUGGAAUCGGCCCAGCCCGGGGCACCUGUGCUGCCACUGCCACGCCCGCCGCCGCCAAUAGCUGUGGGCGCCAGGGUGAGGCAACUGAUGCGGCUGGGCGGCUCGCGAGCACAGCUGGAGGACGGACUGGUGACCGCCAUGCGGGGCAAGCAGCUGACCGUCGAGUUUCCCGAUCAGCCCAACUGGCAGGGUCACAUCAACGACGUGGAGCCCAGUCCCACAGCUGCCGCAGCCGCAGCAGCAACAACUGCAGCGACGCCUCAAACGGACCUCAUUGAGGAUUGGUCGCGUUGCAUACGCUCGCUGAGCGUCAGCUCCAACGAGACGGCAGCCAAGCAUCUGCUCGAUGGCAGCGGCCUGGCCUGGCAGAGCUGCUCGAGCGGACCCUGCCGGCACUGGAUACGCCUGGAGUUGCACGAUCGUGUCCUGGUGCACAGCCUGGCACUGCGCGUCAGCCCGGAGGAUCACUCGCACAUGCCGUCGCUGUUGGAGGUGCGUGUGGGCGAGUGCAUCGAUAGCCUCAAGGAAUACACCUGGAUACCAGUGGCAUCCGGCGCCAGCCGAGUCCUACUCAUGCAGCAGGUGGCGCAGUAUUAUCCCUGGAUCGAAAUCGUGAUCAAACAGUGCCAGAACAAUGGCAUCCAGUGCAAGGUGCAUGGCAUCGAGUUUGUCGGACGGCGCCAGCAGCCGGACAUUCAGCACAUGCUGGCCAAUGCCCAGUUCUUGGCUUGUGAAUAUGGCGGAGCGCAUGGCGGAGCGGCAGCUGCUGCUGGAGCCGCAGCCGUUGCAGCAGCAGCAACCGCAGCAGCAGCAGCUGCAGCAGCAGCUACCUCGACCAGCGCCCCAACGAGCGAGAGUCUGACUGGGCAUGCCGAACAGGAGCUGCCCUGCACGGUCAUGGUGUGGGGCCUCAACGACAAGGAGCAGCUGGGCGGGCUGAAGGGCUCCAAGGUGAAGGUGCCCACCUUCUCGCAGACAAUAAGUCGCCUUCGACCCAUACACAUAGCUGGCGGCUCGAAAUCGCUCUUCGUGGUCAGCCAGGACGGCAAGGUGUAUGCCUGCGGCGAGGGCACCAAUGGACGCCUUGGCCUCGGCGUCACGCACAAUGUGCCGCUGCCCCAUCAACUGCCCGUGCUGCAUCAGUACGUGGUGAAGAAGGUAGCGGUUCAUUCGGGCGGCAAACAUGCGCUCGCCCUGACGCUGGACGGCAAAGUGUUUAGCUGGGGCGAGGGCGAGGAUGGCAAGCUGGGACAUGGCAAUCGCACCACGCUGGACAAGCCCCGGCUGCUGGAGUCGCUGCGCGCCAAGAAGAUACGCGACAUCGCUUGCGGCUCAUCCCAUUCGGCGGCCAUUAGCAGCCAGGGCGAGCUCUAUACCUGGGGCCUGGGCGAAUACGGACGACUGGGCCACGGCGACAAUGCCACCCAGUUGAAGCCCAAGCUGGUGGCUGCACUAAGCGGACGUCGGGUCAUCCAAGUGGCCUGCGGCAGUCGCGACGCCCAGACGCUGGCAUUGACCGAGGAUGGCGCCGUCUUCAGCUGGGGCGACGGCGACUUUGGCAAGUUGGGACGCGGCGGCAGCGAAGGCUCCUCGACGCCGCACGAAAUCGAACGUCUGUCCGGCAUCGGAGUUGUCCAGAUCGAGUGCGGCGCCCAGUUCAGUUUGGCUCUGACGCGUGCCGGCGAGGUCUGGACCUGGGGCAAGGGCGACUACUAUCGGCUCGGCCAUGGCGGUGAUCAGCAUGUCCGCAAGCCUCAGCCCAUUGCCGGACUCCGUGGACAUCGAGUCAUACACGUGGCCGUGGGCGCGCUCCACUGUCUCGCCGUAACGGACGCCGGCCAGGUCUACGCCUGGGGCGACAACGAUCAUGGCCAGCAGGGCAGCGGGAAUACGUUUGUGAACAAGAAGCCCGCCUUGGUGAUUGGCCUGGAUGCGGUGAUUGUGAAUCGUGUGGCAUGCGGCAGCUCCCACUCCAUGGCCUGGGGCCUGCCAAACGCCAGCUUGGACGAGGAGAAACGCGGCCCGGUGCCAUUUGGCAGCACGCGUGACCCACUCGGCGGCAGCAGCCUGGGCAUCUACGAGGCGGAGACACAGCAGCACACGCACACCACGCCGGAUGUGGCUGGCAAGCCGGACGUGAGGCCGAGCACCUCGGCUGCAGCAGCGGCAGCAGCAGCAGCCGCUGCAGCUGCUUCGUGCUCCUCUACCGGCACCGGCUCCGGCUCCUGCUCCGGCUCAGCUCUGGCCAGCCUCAGCGAGAGCUUGGCACUGGAAACGCCAGCGGCCCGCCAGGCGGCACUGGGACAUGUGCUGCGUGCAAUGAGCAUCUUGCAGGCGAGGCAGCUCAUUGUCGCCGCACUGACCAGCCACAGCAAGGUCAACUACAAGGAGUCGGCAGCCAGGCACGCCGCAGCAGCAGCAGCUGCUGCCGCCGCCGCCGCAGGAGCAGCAACCAUUGCUCAGGGCGGAGGCGAAGCACCAGCGGAUGCCAGCGAUGUGGAGCAACAGCAGCAGCACAGUCCAGAGGAGAUGCCACAGCCGGCGGCCGUGCUGAGCUCUGGACUGAGCGCGUUCCAGAGCUUGACCGGCUCACUGUCCAUGUCGGGCAUGUCGGCUGGCUCCCACUCGCGGAUGUCAGCCAGCGCGAUGUCCGUGAUGGCCGCCACGAUGACGCAGCAGGAGGAGAUGCUGGCCCAAUUCAGUCACAAUCAUGGCCUGGAUGAUUUCGGUGCACUGCUGCAGGAGCCGGAGGCGAAGAGUCUCGUCGAGCUGCUCAAGCUGGCCGUGUGCGGACGCUGUGGCCCACCCAGCACUGCCCAGACCAUAGCCGAGACCCUGAUCUCGCUGAGCAGCAAUGCGGGCAUUGCGGCCAUGCUGCUGGAGACGUGCAUCACAGAGCUGGAGGAUCUGUGCACGUCGCGCCACUGCCUCGGCAAGCUGCCCAAGCCGGUGAUGCAGGAGAGCAGCCAUCCCUACGUGGACAACAUGAAUGUGAGCGGCACGGUCCGUAUACCGGGCGCAGAGAUGUUGCGCCUCGAAUUCGAUAGCCAGUGCAGCACGGAGAAGCGCAACGAUCCGCUGGUGAUCAUGGAUGCGGCUGGUCGCAUGUUGGCCAUGCGCUCCGGCCGUGAAUUCGCCCAUUGGGCGCCGGAGAUUCGGGUGCCGGGCGAUGAGCUGCGCUGGAAAUUCUGCUCGGACAGCUCGGUGAACGGCUGGGGCUGGCGCUUCUGGGUGCACGCCAUAAUGCCGGCUGCAACGCUGGGCGAGAGCGGCUCGGAUCGUGCCGUAUUGUCGCAGCCAUCGAUGGCCCUGGUGAUGGCGCUGCUCGAUGCACGGCUCGCACCACGCCAGCCCCAGGUGCUGCUGCGGCUGGCCGCGGCGCUGGCUGCCUGCGCCCAAUUGGGCGCCUUGAGCACUGCCCAACGCAUCUGGGCGCUGAAGAAGCUGCACGCGGUGCUGCUACUGGAGCAGGCGCCCAAGCCGCACGAGCCCGCCCUGGCUGCCAUAUUGCUGCCACUGAUACCGGAGCUACUGCGUCAGUAUGAGUACGAGGAGCCGCAGGUGCGCGGAGGCAUUCACUUGAUGCAUUCGGAUUACUUCAAGACGCUGGCGGCGCUCGCCUGCGACAUGCAGCUGGACGCUGCGCUGCCCACCAGCGGCACCGGCGGCAACGGCAGCAGCACCACUGCAGCAUGCGCCGGAGCUGGCGGCGUCGGCGCGGGCGCUGUCGGCGGCAGCAGCAGCAGCUUGAGCUCAAAUGCCUCGGGAGAUCUGCACAAGUGGGCGUGGUUCAAGCGCUAUUGCAUUGCCGUGCGUGUGGCCCAAUCCCUGAUCAGACGCACGGAGCUGCCGCGCCAGUUCUGCUUGGAGGUGCGCAAGAAGUUUGCCGAGAUGCUGCCGGCACCGGCGCCCGCUGCAGCUGGCAGCUGUCAGUCGCCGGGCGCCUCGCUGAUCAACUCGACCACGUCGCUGUCCUCCAGCACGGUGAGCAAUGCAUCCGCCACAGACCAACAGCAGCAGCAGCAGCAGCAGGAGCUGCUGCUGCUGGAGCAACUGCAGCCGUUGCAGCUGCUGCUGCACGAGGAUCACACACUAUUCCAGGCACCACACGAUGCACAGCUGCUGCAGUGGCUCAACCGCCGGCCAGACGAUUGGGCACUGAGCUGGGGCGGCGCCAGCACCAUUUACGGCUGGGGACACAAUCAUCGCGGACAGCUCGGCGGCCUGGAGGGUAGCAGAAUCAAGACGCCCACGCCCUGCGAGGCACUCAGCCUGCUGCGCCCGGUGCAGCUAGCUGGCGGCGAGCAAUCCCUGUUUGCCGUCACGCCCGAUGGCAAGCUGUUCGCCACGGGCUACGGCUCCGGCGGACGUCUGGGUGUCGGCGGCAGCGACUCGUGGGCCAUACCCACGCUGCUGGGCUCCCUGCAGCACGUCUUCGUCAAGAAGGUGGCCGUCAAUUCGGGCGGCAAGCACUGCCUUGCCCUGACUACGGAUGGCGAGGUUUACGCCUGGGGCGAGGGCGAGGACGGCAAGCUGGGACAUGGCAAUCGCAUGAGCUACGAUCGACCCAAACUGCUCGAGCAUCUCAAUGGCAUGAGCGUGGCGGACAUUGCCUGUGGCAGCGCCCACUCGGCGGCCAUAACGGCAAGUGGCCACGUCCUGACCUGGGGCAAGGGUCGCUAUGGUCGUCUGGGACACGGCGACUCCGAGGAUCAGCUGCGACCCAAACUGGUGGAGGCCCUGUUGGGCUAUCGUGCCAUUGACAUUGCCUGCGGCUCGGGCGAUGCCCAGACGCUGUGCAUCACGGACGACGACAAUGUGUGGAGCUGGGGCGAUGGCGACUAUGGCAAGCUGGGACGCGGCGGCAGCGAUGGCUGCAAGCUGCCCUACAAGAUCGAAAGUCUCGCCGGCCUGGGCGUCGUCAAGGUGGAGUGCGGCUCACAGUUCUCCGUGGCGCUCACCAAAUCCGGCGCCGUCUACACCUGGGGCAAGGGCGAUUUCCAUCGGCUUGGCCAUGGAUCGGUGGAUCAUGUGCGUCGGCCCAAGAAAGUGGCCGCUCUGCAGGGCAAGAAGAUCAUCUCGAUUGCCACCGGCUCGCUGCACUGCGUCGCCUGCAGCGAUACCGGCGAGGUCUUCACCUGGGGCGACAAUGAUGAAGGCCAACUCGGCGAUGGCACCGUGACGGCCAUACAGCGGCCACGACUUGUCGCAGCUCUCCAGGGCAAGCACAUUGUGAAGGUCACGUGUGGAUCGGCUCACACCUUGGCCCUGUCCACAUCGCAGUUGAGUGAGCGACUGCGUCCGCUGCCCAAUCCACCGCUCGAGUAUGACUUGGUGCGUGAUCUAGCGCCGGAGGCGCUGCACGCACGGCUCAUCCUGCUGCACCACUUCUCGGAGCUGCUGUGCCCCUGCCUGGCCAUGCUGCCCAUUGCGGGCGACCUGAGUUUGGGCGCCCUGAAGGAUGUGCUCGUCUACAACAUCAAGGAAGCCGCCUUCCGCAAAGUCAUCCAGACGACCAUGGUGCGGGACAAGCAGCAUGGACCCGUCAUCGAACUGAAUCGCAUCCAGGUGAAGCGUUCGCGUAGUCGCUGCAAUGGAUUGGCUGGCAUCGAUGGCAUGAAGAGCGUCUUUGGCCAGAUGGUGCAGAAGCUGCCGUUGCUCACCCAGGAGGCGCUCGCCCUGCCCCAUCGCGUCUGGAAGGUCAAGUUUGUCGGCGAGAGCGUGGACGACUGCGGCGGUGGCUACAGCGAAUCCAUCGCUGAGAUGUGCGACGAGCUGCAGAACGGCAGCGUUCCACUGCUCAUCAGCACACCGAAUGGCCGUGGCGAGGCGGGUGCCAAUCGGGACUGCUUCCUGCUGGAUCCAACCCUAACGUCCGUGCUGCAGAUGAACAUGUUUCGCUUCCUGGGCGUGCUCAUGGGCAUAGCCGUGCGCACCGGCUCGCCGCUGAGUCUCAACUUGGCGGAACCCGUAUGGCGUCAGCUAACGGGCGAGCCACUGCGCCCCACCGAUCUCACCGAGGUGGAUCGCGACUACGUAGCCGGGCUGCUCUGCAUACGCAACAUGGACGACGACGCUAAGCUGUUCAAUACGCUGGAGCUGCCCUUUUCGACAUCGUCGGCGCGCGGACACGAGGUGCCGCUGUCCACGCGUUACACGCACAUCUCGCCCAGAAAUCGUGCGGAAUAUGUGCGUCUCGCGCUCGGCUUUCGACUGCACGAGUUCGACGAGCAGGUGAAAGCGGUGCGGGAUGGCAUGUCCAAGGUAAUACCUGUGCCGCUGCUCUCCCUCUUCUCGGCCGCCGAGCUGCAGGCCAUGGUCUGCGGCUCACCGGACAUACCGUUGGGGCUGCUCAAGUCGGUGGCUACCUACAAGGGAUUCGAUCCCAGCUCUGCGCUGGUCGGCUGGUUCUGGGAUGUCAUGGAGGAGUUUACCAACCAGGAGCGUUCCCUGUUUCUGCGCUUUGUUUGGGGCAGAACCCGACUGCCGCGCACCAUAGCCGAUUUUCGUGGACGAGACUUUGUGCUGCAGGUGCUCGAAAAGAAUCCGCCCGAUCAUUUUCUGCCCGAAAGCUAUACCUGCUUCUUCCUGCUCAAGAUGCCGCGCUACUCCUGCAAGGCUGUGCUGCUGGAGAAGCUGAAAUAUGCGAUACAUUUCUGCAAGAGCAUCGAUACCGAUGAGUAUGCACGCGUGGCCAUGGGCGAACCCACCGAGGCAACUGGUAGCGAGGACAACAGUGAUCUGGAGUCCGUUGCCAGUCACGAUGGCUAAACGCACUAUCGAUAACAACAAUUUAUCGUACAUUGAAAUUAUAAAGAAAGAAAAAACUGCUGCUCCUGCUGCUUAACAUACUAUAAACGCAACGCACUUCAAACGCAUUAGAUUAGCUGUUUAGCUGAUUAAUCGAUUAGUCGAUCAACUGCUUAGCAAUUUGCACAUACUGCAGCCGAUAGUCAAAGACACACCUACGUACACACACUCACACAAACAAAUACAGCUUGGGAGAGAGAGUAAAAAAGAAAGCACGAUAUUGGAAGAGUAAAAUACUGGAAAGCUUCCAGUGGAAACUGUAGAUGAGCCGAUGCGACACACGAAACCAAAAAGCAAAAUAAGCAAACGUUAAAUGUUAUUUCCAUAUUGCAUAAAUGUUAGUUAAAAAAAGUCCAAACACACAUACUCAUAUAUAUGUUGUAUGAGCACACCAUGAAUCUAUAAAUAUACAUAUACAUAAUUAUGCUUACAUAGCUUACAGUUGGCAGGAACUGCCUGCGCCUGCAUGCAGUUGAUAAGAUAUUGAUAUGAAUUAUAAAUAUUGAUUAUUGAUAAUGAUAAAUGCUAUAACGGUAAUGAUAAACGAUAAUAUGCUAAUGAUGAUCAAUUCUAGUUGUGUUUUCAGCAAAAAUCCAAAAAAAAAAAAAAAAAAAAAA